CUAUACUCCACUUCCUUACUACCUUUUAACUACUUUCUAUAAUACAGCCUACUACACAAUACAUAAAACAACUCCAACCACCUCCAAUUUCAAACGGAUUAAACACAUUCAUAUUCGUUUUUCUUUCUCACAACACAUUCAUAUAUGCGUUGAAUUCAUAGGAAUAAAUCAUUAAUACGGUGAUUUAAUUUAGUUAAAUAGAAUUAAAGGCUAAGCAGCCUCUGCUUUUACUUUUCCAUUUCAAUCGUUCUCUUCCGUCUCGAAUGGGGUACCUUUCCAACCUUUCUCAUCACGCUAAAUAACCGCGUCUGGUACCAUACCAACUCUCACACCAAAAUAUCAUGCUCCUUCCAUUUUACCCUUCUUAAUUUCAUACAUUUCAUAUAUAUUUCAUUUUCUGUACUCUUAGUUUUCAUUUCAUCACAUACCACGUGAUGCGAAUAUUUACCCUUUCAAAACAAUAAAAAAAACUAACACUAACACCCUCAAGGUUUUGUAGAAGAAAAAAAAUGGUGAAGAGUCCAACAAAAUUCAUCAAACCUAUUACUAAACUCGUUUCUGAUCUUAAUUGGCGUUUAAUUGUGUUGUUAAUUCCUCUAAUUUCAUUUAUCAUAUUCUUCUCUUUCCAUGCACCAACUCUUUCAUCUUUUUACCCUGUUCAGAACCUUCUUUAUAAUCUUCCUUUUAAGAAUGCGUUUAUCAACAAUUCACCACCUUCCAAAGAUGAAUUGUUACGAUCGAAAAUUGCUGUGUGUUUGGUUGGUGGUGCUAGAAGAUUUGAACUCACAGGACCUUCAAUAUUGAAUAUGAUACUAAACGAGUAUCCGAAUUCGGAUCUUUUUUUGCAUAGUCCUUUAGACUCAGAUGCAUUCAAAUUCUCUUUGUUGAAGUUUGCGCCGAAAGUCGCCGCUGUUAAUAUCUUUCGCCAACAACCGUUGCCGGAGAAUGAGUCUUAUGUUCGAGUCCUAACGGCGCAGAACUCGCCUAACGGAAUCCAGGGGCUUAUUCAAUAUUUUGACCUGGUGGAAGGUUGCUUAACAAUGAUAAAUUCAUAUCAAGUGAAAAACAAGUUCAAAUACGAUUGGAUAAUCCGAACAAGAGUAGACGGUUAUUGGAACGGUCCACUCGGUCCAGAAAAUUUCAUUCCCGGUCAGUACUUGGUCCCAUCCGGUUCAUCAUACGGUGGACUCAACGACCGGUUCGGUAUCGGCGACCUCAGAACCUCAACAAUAGCAUUAUCUCGCUUCUCUCUGAUUCCCAAACUAGAUUCUGCUGGAUUCACAAACCUCAACUCAGAAUCAUCUUUCAAAGCCCAACUCACAACCCAAAGUGUGAAAUACCUCACAAAACGCCUACCUUUUUGCAUAGUUUCGGACCGGAAAUACGAUUUUCCUCCGAGCCAGUUCGGUGUACCUGUUGCAGCAUUGUCGAGUCCCGGUCCACUUAGUGGAGCUAAGUGUAGACCGUGUAAACCGGUUUGCCAGGGGGUGUGCGUAGAAAAUGUGAUGGUGUAUGUUGAAAAGGGGUGGAGUUGGACUGAUUGGGCCGAUGGGUCGCUUGAACUGUGUGAUGCUCAUGAAAGUUGGGAAAAUGGUUGGGAAAAUAUUUUUGAUAGAGUUGCUGGAAAGAAAUUUGCAGAUGCUAGAAAGCGAAUUCGAUCUAUGAAAUUUGAUGAUUGUGUUCAUGAUUUCAUUCACUUGAAAAAUGUCACUGCUCAAUGGAAUGUUCCUCCCAUUGAAGAAAUUUGUGCUUUGGGGUUCACCCAUUCUUCACCAUAGGAACUAUACUUUUUUUUGGUUAUUUGGAUUUUCUUUAUGAAAUUUUGAUAAUACACAUAGGCGAUGCUGACAAAAUGUUGAUAUUGAAGUAGUUUUUUUAUUUUGAUGGUCUUA